UUAGAACCCGGCUCCUUCUGCCCCCCCAGGCCCGGGCUGUAUCCACAAGGCCGCUUCUGGUCUGGGAUUGCCUGUCUGUGCUGAUGCUUUUUUCCACCGCGUAGAGGCCAAGACUAGCCGGGCUCCCAGGAGAAGAGCCCGCCGGCCUCCGCUCUCCCCGGGCUACCGGCGAUGAGCAGGUGACGGAGGAGGCCGGGACGGCCGCCGGCGGGAGCCAUGGCCCAGGGCAACGUGGGGAUCAACAGCGAGUACGGGGACUGGGGCUGGAGUGCCGAUGCCGGGGAGCGGGCCCGGCUGCUGCAGAGUCCCAGCGUGGACACCGUCCCCAAGGCCGACGAGGAGGCGGCGGGGGCCCGCGGGGGCUCCACCUCCACCCUCGGGGCCAUCUUCAUCGUGGUGAACGCCUGCCUGGGCGCCGGCCUGCUCAACUUCCCCGCCGCCUUCAGCACCGCGGGAGGGGUGGCGGGCGGCAUCGCGCUGCAGAUCGGCAUGCUGCUCUUCAUCAUCAGCGGCCUCGUCGUCCUGGCCUACUGCUCCCAGGCCAGCAACGAGCGCACCUACCAGGAGGUGGUGUGGGCCGUGUGCGGCCGGCUGAGCGGCGUGCUCUGCGAGGUCGCCAUCGCCGUCUACACCUUCGGCACCUGCAUCGCCUUCCUCAUCAUCAUCGGGGACCAGCAGGACAAGAUCAUCGCCGCGCUGCUGAAGGAGCCGGAGGGGACGAGCCACUGGUACACGGAACGCAAGUUCACCAUCACCCUCACUGCCGUGAUCUUCAUCCUGCCUCUGUCCAUCCCCAGGGAAAUCGGCUUCCAGAAAUACGCCAGCGCCUUGAGUGUCCUCGGCACCUGGUACGUGACUGCCAUUGUCAUCAUCAAGUACAUCUGGCCGGACAAGGAGAUGGUCCCCCAGGAAAUCCCUACCAGGCCUGCCUCCUGGAUGGCCGUGUUCAAUGCCAUGCCAACCAUCUGCUUUGGAUUCCAGUGUCACGUGAGCAGCGUCCCCGUCUUCAACAGCAUGCGGCGGCCGCAAGUGAAGACUUGGGGCGGGGUGGUGACGGCCGCCAUGGUCAUCGCGCUCUUUGUGUACUUGGGAACAGGCAUCUGUGGCUUCCUCACCUUUGGGGUGAGCGUGGACCCAGACGUGCUCCUCUCCUACCCCUCGGAUGACCUGCCGGUCGCCAUCGCCCGGGCCUUCAUCAUCCUCAGCGUGCUGACGUCCUAUCCUAUCCUGCAUUUCUGUGGCCGGGCGGUGCUGGAGGGGCUCUGGCUGCGCUACAAGGGGGAGGCGCUGGAGGAGGACGUGGUGCGGGAGAGACGGCGUCGGCUGCUACAGACGGCCACUUGGUUCCUGCUGACGCUGCUCCUGGCCCUCUUCAUCCCGGACAUCGGGAAGGUCAUCUCCAUCAUCGGGGGCCUGGCCGCCUGCUUCAUCUUCGUCUUCCCAGGAUUGUGCCUCAUCCAAGCCAAACUGUCUGAAAUAGAAGAAGUAAAACCAACCAGCUGGUGGCUGCUUGUCAGUUACGGCGUGCUCAUGGUCACCUUGGGGGCCUUCAUCUUUGGCCAGACCACAGCCAAUGCCAUCUUUGUGGACCUCAUGGCCUGACCUCAUUUGGCCAGGAUGACCCUCAGCCUUCUCCUUCAGGCCUCGAGGGAGUAGAUUUCCCCACCCCCACCCUCUCCCAGCGGCCGCUCCCCCGCCCCCCGUUGAUGUCCGUGAGAUGCCUGUGCGGGAAAAGGGAAGCAUCCCCACCCCGAGGCUGAAUUGUCAGAAAUCCGUUUCAUCCAAAGUUCAACCGUGUGCAAUUUUCCCAAGAGGACUUCAGUCGGAGUUGGCCACUAGCCCAGAGAGAGGACCUGGCCUCUCUCUUUCUGGAAGCUAAACCCCAUUUCUCUUUCCUUUUUGUGGAGGAGGCGCCCUGAAGGUAGGUUCCUAUUUGGCCUCAAGGAGAAGACUUUCCUUGAGAGGAGCCUCUCUUUGUGCAGAAGUCAGUCCCAGAAGUGAGCUCAGCCUGGGCUGCCGGUCUGGUUGCCUGUUCUCCUCAGGAGGAAGGGAAAUGGUGAUGAAGUUUCAGCCUUUAAUCAUUUGGGGCUUCUGGCGGGAUCGUAUGGUGGGAGAAGAGAAGUCUUGCAGGUGGAAUCCCAGGGCUCCAUCGGAAAUGAAGGCCUUCGGGUUCCCAAGCCAAGCAGUGAGCUCCGACCCACCCAGGAAGAACGUGCCGGGUCUUCUCUACCGAGCUCCGGCCACCUCAGCAACUUCCCGCUCAUCACCGUGGGCCACACCUGUGUCCGAAGAGAGACAAGUCCUCCUGCUGACUUUGUGAGUUCCCGUGGCGGCUGCGGACCUCAUCCUCACUUUCUGACACUAAUUUGGUCGGCGCGUUAUCCCGUCACCUUCAGAAUCUGACGGGUGGAGACUGUCGGGGCCAGAGACGGCAGUUGCCGAGCCGACCGUGGCUCGCCGAAUUAGAGUCAACCCUCAGAAGCCAGAGCGCGACAGAGGCGGGGCCCGGUAGUGCUGGUUCCCGUCGGCGAGGUUGGCCGACCCCCAAAAUCAACAACUUCUAAUGUUUACAGUGGUUGCCUGGUCUUCCUCUCCCAGGGAAAAAGGGCAACCAACUUCGGUGCUGGGUGUCCGCCCGUGACCUCCUUUAUCGUCCUUUUUCCCCCUUUCGAGCCUAAGCCGGCUGUUCCUAAAGGGAGUUCUAGGAGAGGGUAAGUGGGGAGAGGCUGAAGAGAAGGGAAGGCUCAGGGGUGUAGAUCUUAUUGCACUGUGGGGCUUCCGGUCAUUUCCACCAGGCCUUCCCUAGGCAUCCACUGGUAGUUGGUAGCAGUAGCACCCUAAACUGGGGAAGGCCAAAAUCAUGAAGGGCAGAGCCAAAUGAAGAAGACCCCAGGCCUUUCCUCCCUGGGAGAUGUCCUCCUUGCCCCUGACAUCUUGUCCUCAGUAUGUGGAACCCCGCCCUCCUCCUCAGCAGUAGGAUUUGUUUCUGGGACUCUCGCCCCUAUUUCCUUGGGAUCCGUCCUUCUUUUGCCUGGGGGAAGGGGCAGUAGUUGACCUCUCAAGGGUCAGGCCCGUUUUCAUCUUCUUGGCAGGCAGCGGCUAUCCUGAAAGAACGUUGAGCCUUGUCUCCCGUCCCUAACCUGCUAAUGUAUUGUCAGUCACGUCAGAGACUACGGUGCAGGGAGAGAGCAGGGGAAGACUCAGGUUUGGGGCAGGUCUCCCCACCUUCCUCCUCCCUUCACUCCCACAGUCUUUAAAAGUUGAACAAGUGCACAGACUUAGGAUGAACCCUCUCUGGCCUUCAGGUCUCAGCUGACCUCACUCGCAUUAGACAAUCGCAGACAGCCCCAUCACCCGCUGCUUCCGCUGAUCCAGUGACUCUGGGCCAAGGCAGUGGGACAGCUGAGCGUCCCUCUGGCCCACCCACUGCCCAAGAGCCAGACACUCCAACAGCAAUCACCUUCCUACCCCCUGCUCCGGAGAGCCCAGGGAGAGCAGCAGGAUAGGAGCCCAAGAGGCCAGCUUGAUGCCUCAGAAAGGUGAAUCUUGCUAGGCUGUGGUGUGGAGGCCAUCCUGAACCAUCAGGAAGUCAGGCCAAACUUCUCUUCACAUCACUCUGGAAGUUGCCCUGCUAGCUCCUAGCCCACAAGGUGACAGGCGACUUCCUGUGUGGCUCAUCUCACGUCCCAUCGAUUGCCCCCCCCA